GCUGUCGUCACUGUUUGCAUCUUGGCUGCAAAGGUAACUCAACACAACUUGACGUCUUACUUUGACACUUUUAAUGCAACAGUGUCUGUCUACCAUUGCACAAAUGGCAUUUUCUCUUGGCGUGUUCUUCCUCCUGUGUGGGAUCAGUGGACUAAUGUCUUCUCCACGACACAGUUCCUCUGGCAAAGGUGGAUACUGCCCUAAAGACUGGACUCAGUUAAACGAUCGCUGUUACAUCUACCUAGACUAUCCCAGUACUUUUGCAGCUGCAGAGAGAACCUGCAAAAUUCUUCAUGCCAAUCUGGUGUCCAUCCGCAGUUUAACAGAAAACGCAGUCGUUCUCCAACUGAUCCGCGACGCUAAUGACGGUGACCUCAUAGACACCUGGACAGGACUCCACGACACCAUCGAGGAGGAUGACUUCAUUUGGACUGAUGGCACAGAGUUUGACUUUGAAGACUUUGCCGACGGAGAGCCCAACAGCUUGGGUGGAAAUGAAGACUGCGUGGACAUUGAGGGAGAUGAUGGACAGUGGCACGAUAACGAGUGCAGUGACGAGAGCCCGUUUAUUUGCACCAGAGACGUCAUCGUCAAGAGUGACCACUAACUAACCAUGCAAGGCAAACUAUGACUCUGCCUGGCCAAUAACUUUUUUCUUCUUCCCUGCAGAACCUUUCCGAACUCGCCUUUACCAACUUUUAACAUCCAAUGUUAUUUUUAAACGACGCUAACUCUUGAACUAUCCAAAUAAAUGGUUUGUGAGAACCACAUUUUGGCUGUGUUUGUUCUUGAUAGCAAGCAUGUGCUCGAUGGGGCGUUCACAUACUCUUGAUGUUCCAAACUUCAUCAACACUCUGAGUGUCUCAUUCAAUAA